CAUCUAUCUCUAUAGAAUGCGUCGAUUUGUGUUCAUCAAAGGCUAGGCCACAGUGAUUGGACUUAAGAUUGAUUGAUUCGACUUAUCUCGAUUUGAUUUGAAAUUCCGUAAAACAGAUCUUCAAAGAAAAGACAUGGGGAUACAAGGUUUGUUACCUCUGCUCAAAUCGAUAAUGAUCCCAAUCCACGUCAAGAAUCUUGAAGGCUGUUCCGUCGCCAUCGACACCUACUCUUGGCUUCACAAAGGCGCUCUAUCUUGCAGCAGAGAGCUCUGCAAGGGAAUACCCACCACCAAGCACAUUCAAUACUGCAUGCACAGAGUGAACUUACUAAGGCAUUUUGGUGUAAAACCUGUCCUUGUCUUUGAUGGUGGCCAUUUGCCAAUGAAGAGUGACCAGGAAUCCAAGCGCGCAAGGUCAAGGAAGGAAAAUCUUGAACGUGCAAUAGAACAUGAAUCAAAUGGUAAUAGUUCUGCUGCAUAUGAGUGCUAUCAGAAGGCUGUAGAUAUCUCUCCUUCAGUGGCAUAUGAUCUGAUUCAGGUCUUAAAGAAGGAGAAUGUGUGCUAUAUUGUGGCUCCUUAUGAGGCAGAUGCCCAAAUGACGUUUUUGGCGGUCAGCAAGCAAGUUGAUGCUGUUAUAACCGAAGAUUCUGACUUGAUAGCUUUUGGUUGUCCUAGAAUUAUCUACAAGAUGGACAAAUUUGGUCAAGGUGUUGAGUUCAGAUAUUCAAAGCUAGAACAGAAUAAAGACUUAAAUUUAACCGGAUUCACCAAGCAGAUGAUUCUCGAGAUGUGCAUUUUGAGCGGUUGUGAUUAUUUGCAGUCUUUACCUGGAAUGGGCCUUAAAAAAGCUUAUGCAAUCAUAAAGAAGUUUAAAGAUUAUAAGAAGGUAAUAAAACACUUAAAGUACAGCACAACUGCAGUUUCUCCUGGAUAUGAAGAAUCAUUCAGGAAAGCAAUUCUCACAUUCCAACAUCAACGGGUGUAUGACCCGUCUGCUGAAGAUAUUGUUCAUUUGUCUGAUCUGACCGAUGUUGAGGAUGAGCUGGACUUCUUAGGCCCAUCAAUGCCUCAAGAUAUAGCAAUAGGUGUAGCAACAGGAGACCUUGACCCGUUCACCAAAAUGCCUAUACAGGUUUCUAACAAUAAGGCAGGUGCAAUGGUUGUUCGUACAACACAGAUGAAAGUUCUCAAGCCUGAAUCCGAAAAGAAAAAGCUAAUUUUACCUGCACAGAGUAAUAUACUCACAAAGUACUUCUGUAUUGCUUCAAUUGAAGCCAAGAGGAAAUUUGUGGCCCCUAGGAAUAUGGAUAGGCAUCAAAAUCACAUAGUUUCUACUAAAGACAUUGUACAUAAUCCAAUGCCAGAAAAUCUCGACAACAAGAGAACUCGAACACAUUUCAUACAUAAACCUUGCACGACAAUAUUACAUAACACAACAGAAAUGGAGUCUGAACGAGAAGCGAUCCUCGUUGAAGAUGAUGGCAAAGUAGUGACCUUGAAUAAUGCUGCAACUGAAAGUAAGAUUAGAUCAAAGUGUAGGAAGCCUGUGAUAAGGAGUUCUUACUUUCCGCAUUCGUCGAAAAAGGAAACUGAUUCGAUGUUUGUUAACAAAGAAGUAAAGGAAAUCAUUGCAACUUGUCAGCAUGUCAGUCCUAUACCGGAGAAUGUCUUUUAUGGAGACAACUCUUUAACAAGAACCGAAACCAAAACCCCCACAAAGAGGAAGCCUCCUCCACCUCAAGAAAUAGUUCAAUUGGAAAACUUGGCGAACAAGCGAAGUCGAAAUGAUGCUCCUCCCAUUGAUGAACCCAUUGAUGAAGCUCCGACGGAGAAAUAUGGAGGAGAGAAAUUCGGUUGCAAUAUUUCGCAUCUAGAAAAUUAUUCGGAUAUAGCGGAGAAAUCAAUGGAGAAGUUUGUAUCGAUAAUGUCAUCGUUCAAAUACUCUCCUGGCUCCCGAGCCAGUGGCCUUCGCGCCCCUCUAAGAGAUGCGCACAAGUCUCCCAUGAGAAGGUAAAUGAGUUUGAACUUGUGAUAUCUUAUUCUCCAUAAAUAACCAUGGGCAAUGGAAGUCCAAUUUUGAAUUUUUCUUAAGCAAAAAAGCUUGUAAAAUUUGGAGGAUUUGAUGAACAAAAUUCAUGUAUGUAUCCAAAGGAAAGGAUUAUUAA